UAAUUGAAUGUGUCCAUAGGCCUAGGCUAUAUGUUUCCAUUUUUCGAUUGUUGAUUGUUUCAUAAAACACACCAAUGGAAAGCAUUUUUUUUCAUGGACUGAAUUAAUGCUCUUGGCUUCUCUUUGGUGUUUGGACUAGGUUUUUUGUUGUAUGUUUGCAUGCAAUACAACAUUUGAAUGGGUGACUUUAUGAAUUUAAAGUCCCUCUUAGGACUUGCAGGUAGCUUGUUGUAAGCAGAGCAGUGCGUAAAACAGGUGCUGAUAGGUCUAAGGCCACCAGAAAACCUCGAUAUGACCUUAUCAAGCGGAACAUUUUCGUAUUUACGAACUGCGUUCGUUAUUAUUAGCCUGAAUGGCGAAGGAGUUCGAGCUUGUUGUUCAAAGAUCCAACUGACACGGCGGCUCGCGCAUUGGCUCAGUAGUGCACUGACGUCACUGAGGCUUAUAAUGUCCCGGAGCGGCUCACGGGAGGAAGAAGAGCACGAAAGCGCAAGAGUGGCUCCAGAUGGAGCUGGCGCGCGCUGGGAGUAGCAGCAGCACCAUCAGCACCAUCGGAGCUCGCGGACGCACGGCGCCGACGGCGGAGCAACGCUCGCUUGCCUUGAUGUCCUCGCGCUGCCUGCACACACACAGCGCGAACCGUCAUGGGGGAGGGUGCUCUCACGCAACUCGCCAACUUUCCCAAUGACACUGAACCCGUGACGGCAGCGGCCGAUGGUGCCGGUGCCGCGGCCGCCGGCGCGUCGGAGCGCUGGGCGGCGGGGAUGAGUUUGCUCAUGGGCUCCAUCGUCCUGACCAUCGUGUUCGGCAACAUCAUGGUCAUCUUGGCCAUCGCGCGCAACCAGCGGCUGCAGACGCUCACCAACGUGUUCAUUGUGUCCCUCGCGAGCGCCGACCUCAUCAUGGGUCUGCUGGUGGUGCCGUUCGGCGCCGCGCUGGAGGUUCGCGGCGCGUGGUUCUACGGCUCCUUCUUCUGCGAGUUCUGGAUCUCGGUGGACGUCCUGUGCGUCACGGCAAGCAUCGAGACGCUGUGCGUAAUCGCCAUAGACCGCUACGUGGCCAUUACGGCGCCCUUUCGCUACCAGAGCCUGCUGACCAAGGCGCGCGCAAAGGCGGUGGUGUGCGCCGUGUGGGGCAUCUCCGCCAUGGUGUCCUUCCUGCCCGUGCUGAUGCACUGGUCCCGGGACCGCGUGGACACCGCGUGCUACGAGGACCCCGAAUGCUGCGACUUCAUCACCAACCCCGCGUACGCCAUCUCGUCGUCCGUCAUCUCUUUCUACAUUCCGCUCACCGUCAUGAUCUUCGUGUACGCGCGCGUGUACCGUGAGGCGAAGAACCAGCUGCGGAAGAUCGACAAGUGCGAGGGCCGUUUCCUGAGCGCGCUGCAGGGCAGCACGGUGUCAGCCGCCGCGUGUAAGUCCAGCAAGAAGCGGCCGUCCAAGAUGCUCGCGUUGCGCGAGCAGAAGGCGCUUAAGACGCUGGGCAUCAUCAUGGGCACGUUCACGCUGUGCUGGCUGCCCUUCUUCAUCGUCAACGUGGUGCGCGUGUUCUGCGCGGAGGUGGUCAACAAGAACCUCUUCGUGUUCUUCAACUGGCUGGGCUAUGUCAACUCGGCGUUCAACCCCAUCAUCUACUGCCGGAGUCCGGACUUCCGGAAGGCGUUUAAGCGGCUGCUGUGCUGCCCGAGACAGGUGGACCGGCGACUGCACAUCAGCUCGUGCGACCUGUCACGCUGCUCCGUGGGAUUAGUGAACACGCUCGUGCCCAACACGCUGGAGAUGUGGUCGGACUGUCACGCGCUGGACAACAGCGACAGCAGCUGCGAGGGAGGCGGGAAGCUUUCCCGCUCCGAGUCGCAGCUAUAAACCGACAGGACAGGAAAGGACAGGUUGGACCACCGGAGCGUACGCGAGGCGCAGCGCCGCGCCGCCCUGACAGGUUGGACCACCGGAGCGCACACGAGGCGCAGCGUCCGCGCGAACAGGUUGGACCGCCGGAGCGCAGCGCCUGUCGGUCUCAUUUCUGUCUUUCGGUACAGAGUGGCACAUCGCACAUAGGAGCCGAUUCACGCUGAAGACGCUGUCAUUUUAACUUUGUAUUGUACUACUACCAGAUGUAAAGCAGAGUGCACGUUGGACGCUUCGUUCGUCCCCAGGAAGACGUUGUGUUUAUUGGGUGUAGAAAAAACGUGUUUACCUCAUGGCCAAAAAAACAAGUGCAACUUGAACUAUUUGUUUAUAUUAAACAUUUUUAUGUAAAUAACAUUUCUAUUUAUUUGACUUUCCUACAAUUAAAUAAUUGGAUGAA